UGAAUUUUGAUACUCAAGCAGUCAGUAUUUAUAUUCAUCAUAUAAACUGAGGAGAUUUAUAUUUUAAAACUUCUUUAUAUUUACAAUGAAUGGACACAGUGAUGAAGAAAGUGUUAGAAACAGUAGUGGAGAUUCAAGCCAGUCGGAUGAUGAUUCUGGGUCAGCUUCAGGCACUGGAUCUGGUUCAAGUUCUGGAAGCAGUAGCGAUGGAAGCAGUAGCAGUGACUCUGACUCUGGAUCUGAAUCAGGCAGUCAGUCAGAGUCUGAGUCAGAUGCUUCACGAAAAGACAAAGUUCAAGCUAAACCACCGAAAGUUGAUGGAUCUGAGUUCUGGAAAUCUAGCCCCAGUAUUCUGGCUGUUCAGAGAUCGGCAAUGCUUAAGAAGCAGCAGCAGCAGCAACCGCAGCAGCUUCAAGUAUCUAAUAGUGGAUCGGAAGAGGAGUCCUCUAGCAGUCAGGAUUCUGAUGACUCAUCAGAUGAGAUCAAGAGGAAAAAGCAUAAAGAUGAAGAUUGGCAAAUGUCUGGUUCGGGAUCUCCAUCUCAGUCUGGUUCAGACUCAGAAUCUGAGGAGGAAAGAGACAAAAGCAGUUGUGAUGAAACGGAAUCUGAUUAUGAACCAAAAAACAAAAUUAAAAGCAGAAAACCUCAGAUUAGAUCUAAGUCAAAAAAUGGAAAGAAAAUUCCUGGACAGAAAAAGAGACAGAUUGAUUCAUCUGAAGAUGAUGAUGACGACGACGAUUAUGAGAAUGACAAAAGAAGUUCUCGCCGGCAGGCCACUGUGAAUGUUAGUUAUAAGGAAGACGAGGAAAUGAAAACAGAUUCUGAUGAUUUACUGGAAGUCUGUGGAGAGGAUGUUCCUCAAACUGAAGAAGAGGAAUUUGAAACAAUAGAAAGGUUUAUGGAUUGUCGGAUUGGGAGAAAAGGAGCUACUGGUGCUACUACAACCAUCUAUGCAGUUGAAGCAGAUGGUGACCCAAAUGCAGGAUUUGAAAAAAAUAAAGAACCAGGAGACGUCCAGUAUUUAAUUAAAUGGAAAGGGUGGUCCCAUAUUCAUAAUACUUGGGAGACAGAAGAAACCCUUAAGCAGCAGAAUGUUAGAGGAAUGAAAAAAUUGGAUAAUUACAAGAAAAAGGACCAGGAAACAAAAAGAUGGUUGAAAAAUGCUUCUCCAGAAGAUGUGGAAUAUUAUAAUUGCCAGCAAGAACUUACAGAUGAUCUACACAAACAGUAUCAAAUAGUGGAGCGAAUAAUUGCCCACUCCAAUCAGAAGUCAGCAGCUGGUUAUCCUGAUUAUUAUUGCAAAUGGCAGGGCCUUCCAUACUCAGAGUGUAGCUGGGAAGAUGGAGCUCUCAUUUCCAAAAAAUUCCAAGCACGUAUAGACGAGUACUUCAGCAGGAACCAGUCAAAAACAACUCCCUUCAAAGAUUGUAAAGUAUUAAAACAAAGACCAAGGUUUGUAGCGCUGAAGAAGCAACCAUCAUAUAUUGGAGGACACGAGUGUUUAGAAUUAAGAGAUUACCAGUUAAAUGGUUUAAAUUGGCUUGCUCAUUCUUGGUGCAAAGGCAAUAGUUGCAUACUUGCAGAUGAAAUGGGUCUUGGAAAAACAAUACAGACAAUCUCAUUUCUGAAUUACUUGUUUCAUGAGCAUCAGUUAUAUGGACCUUUUCUGUUAGUAGUUCCACUCUCUACUCUGACUUCCUGGCAAAGGGAAAUUCAGACAUGGGCAUCUCAAAUGAAUGCUGUGGUUUAUUUAGGUGACAUUAACAGCAGAAACAUGAUAAGAACACAUGAAUGGAUGCAUCCUCAGACUAAAAGAUUAAAAUUUAAUAUAUUGUUGACAACCUAUGAAAUUUUAUUGAAGGACAAGGCAUUCCUUGGAGGUUUCAACUGGGCAUUUAUAGGUGUAGAUGAAGCACAUCGAUUAAAGAAUGAUGACUCCCUUUUAUAUAAGACUUUAAUAGAUUUUAAGUCCAACCACCGUCUCCUUAUCACUGGAACACCUCUACAAAACUCUCUGAAAGAGCUCUGGUCUUUGCUACAUUUCAUUAUGCCCGAAAAGUUUUCUUCCUGGGAAGAUUUUGAAGAAGAGCAUGGUAAAGGGAGAGAAUAUGGUUAUGCCAGUCUUCACAAGGAGCUUGAACCAUUCCUGUUACGCAGAGUGAAGAAAGAUGUGGAAAAAUCUCUUCCUGCAAAGGUUGAACAGAUUUUAAGAAUGGAAAUGAGUGCUUUACAGAAACAAUAUUACAAAUGGAUUUUAACUAGAAAUUACAAAGCCCUCAGUAAAGGUUCCAAAGGCAGUACCUCAGGCUUUUUGAACAUUAUGAUGGAGCUAAAGAAAUGUUGUAACCAUUGCUACCUCAUUAAACCACCAGAUAAUAACGAAUUCUAUAAUAAACAGGAGGCCUUACAACACUUAAUCCGUAGUAGUGGAAAAUUGAUUCUUCUCGACAAGCUGUUAAUUCGCCUAAGAGAACGAGGCAAUAGAGUUCUUAUUUUUUCUCAAAUGGUGCGGAUGUUAGAUAUACUUGCAGAAUAUUUGAAGUAUCGUCAAUUCCCCUUUCAAAGGUUGGAUGGAUCGAUUAAAGGAGAGCUGAGAAAACAGGCUUUAGAUCAUUUUAAUGCCGAAGGAUCAGAGGAUUUCUGCUUUUUGCUUUCCACAAGAGCUGGAGGUUUAGGGAUUAAUUUAGCCUCUGCUGACACUGUUGUGAUAUUUGAUUCUGACUGGAAUCCACAAAAUGAUCUUCAGGCACAGGCCAGAGCUCAUCGAAUUGGACAGAAGAAGCAGGUGAACAUUUAUCGUUUAGUUACAAAGGGAUCAGUUGAAGAGGAUAUUCUUGAGAGGGCCAAAAAAAAGAUGGUUUUGGAUCAUCUUGUGAUUCAGAGAAUGGACACAACUGGGAAGACAGUGCUACACACAGGUUCUGCCCCUUCAAGUUCUACUCCUUUUAAUAAGGAAGAGUUAUCAGCCAUUUUAAAAUUUGGCGCUGAAGAACUUUUUAAGGAACCUGAAGGGGAAGAGAAAGAGCCUCAGGAAAUGGACAUAGAAGAAAUCUUGAAGAGGGCGGAAACUCAUGAAAAUGAACCAGGCCCAUUAACUGUGGGAGAUGAAUUACUUUCCCAGUUUAAGGUUGCCAACUUUUCAAAUAUGGAUGAGGAUGACAUUGAGUUGGAACCUGAAAGAAAUUCAAAGAACUGGGAGGAAAUCAUUCCUGAAGAUCAAAGGAGACGAUUAGAAGAGGAAGAAAGGCAAAAAGAACUUGAAGAGAUUUAUAUGCUCCCAAGAAUGAGAAAUUGUGCAAAGCAGAUUAGUUUCAAUGGAAGUGAAGGGAGGCGCAAUAGAAGUAGGAGAUACUCUGGAUCUGAUAGUGAUUCAAUCUCAGAAAGGAAAAGACCAAAGAAACGUGGAAGACCACGGACCAUCCCUCGAGAGAACAUUAAAGGAUUUAGUGAUGCUGAAAUUAGGCGGUUUAUCAAGAGUUACAAGAAAUUUGGUGGCCCUCUGGAAAGAUUAGAUGCAAUUGCUCGAGAUGCUGAAUUAGUUGAUAAGUCAGAAACAGACCUAAGACGCCUAGGAGAAUUGGUACAUAACGGCUGCAUUAAAGCUUUAAAAGAUAAUUCUUCAGGAACAGAACGAACAGGGGUCAAAAGUGGAAAAAUUUCAAGAAACCCUAGUAUAGAUGACUGGUACAUAAGGUAUACUAUCACUUGCCACACGAAAGCAGCUCAUUUUGAUAUAGACUGGGGCAAAGAAGAUGAUUCCAAUUUGUUAAUUGGUAUCUACGAAUAUGGAUAUGGAAGCUGGGAAAUGAUUAAAAUGGAUCCUGAUCUCAGUUUAACGCACAAGAUUCUCCCUGAUGAUCCUGAUAAGAAACCACAAGCAAAACAGUUGCAGACACGUGCAGACUACCUCAUCAAAUUGCUUAGUAGAGAUCUCGCAAAAAAAGAAGCUCAAAGGCUUUCUGGUGCAGGAAGCUCAAAGAGGAGAAAAGGAAGAGCUAAGAAGAAUAAAGCAACGAAAUCUAUAAAGGUGAAAGAGGAAAUAAAGAGUGAUUCUUCUCCUUUGGCCUCAGAGAAGUCUGAGGAGGAGGAUGAUAAGGAUGAGGUCACAUCUAUUAAACAUCCAAAUAAAAAACUUAAAACAGAAAGAGACAGUGAAGAAAAGCCUGAGCCAGAUAUUUCUAAGAAGCAACCAGAAGAAAAAGGGGAAACAAAAGAAAAGGAAACUAAAAGAGGACUUAAAAGGGAGAUAAAAGAAAAGGAGAAUAAGAAAGACAUAAAGGAAAAAAUACUUACAGAAAAAAGAGAAAAAGUAAAAGAAGCUAUGCAGAAAGAAAAAGACAUAAAGGAAGAAAAGUUGAGUGAAUGCAAGUCUGACAGCAAAGAGCGAUCAAAAAAAUGUUCAGCAUCAGCUGCCCCAGUUCAUAUCACUGCAAGCGGUGAACCAGUUCCCAUAUCGGAAGAGUCUGAAGAGCUGGAUCAGAAGACCUUUAGCAUUUGUAAAGAAAGAAUGAGACCUGUUAAAGCAGCUUUGAAACAACUGGAUAGGCCCGAGAAAGGUCUUUCAGAAAGAGAACAACUGGAACAUACUCGACAGUGUUUAAUAAAAAUUGGUGACCAUAUCACAGAGUGUCUGAAAGAAUAUACAAACCCUGAACAAAUUAAGCAGUGGAGAAAAAACUUGUGGAUUUUUGUAUCUAAGUUUACUGAAUUUGAUGCAAGAAAAUUACACAAAUUAUAUAAGCAUGCUAUUAAAAAACGGCAGGAAUCUCAGCAAAACAGUGACCAAAACAGCAACUUGAAUGCUCAAGUGAUUAAAAAUCCAGAUGUGGAAAGAUUAAAGGAGACUACAAAUCAUGAUGAUAGCAGCAGGGACAGUUAUUCAUCUGAUAGACACCUGAUAUCUCAGUAUCAUGAUCACCAUAAAGACCGGCACCAGGGAGAUGCUUACAAAAAGAGUGAUUCCAGGAAACGACCCUAUUCUUCUUUCAGUAACGGCAAAGAUCAUCGGGACUGGGAUCACUAUAAACAAGACAGGUACUACAACGAUAGAGAGAAACACAGAAAACUGGAUGAUCACAGGAGUAGAGAUCACAGGUCAAAUUUGGAAGGAAGUUUAAAAGAUAGAGCUCAUUCUGAUCAUCGGUUACAUUCAGACCACCGAUCAAGUUCUGAAUAUACACAUCAUAAAUCAGCCAGGGAUUAUAGGUAUCAUUCAGAUUGGCAAAUGGACCACAGAGCUUCUAGUAGUGGCCCUAGGUCACCACUCGAUCAAAGGUCUCCUUAUGGCUCCAGAUCUCCAUUUGAACACUCAGUUGAACACAAAAGUACUCCGGAACAUACCUGGAGUAGUCGGAAAACAUAACAGAAACUGGUACUUCAUCUUUCUGGACUUUUCUUUUAGCCAUAUGUCAUAAACCAACACAGUAAUUGCCUUACAUGACUUGAAAGAUAUAAACAGAUCUUCUAUCAGUAGCAGUAUUGUUACUUCUUUCCAGGAUGCAAGGUCUAUUAUCCCAAUAGAAGAGAAAAUAUUUUUAUAUUUAAAGAUUAUGCUGCACUGUGCUACAAAUGUAGUACAUUUUUCCUUUUUUUCCUUUUUUAUUUUUUAAAGAAAUGGAAAAUGUUUACUAUUACAGGGACCUCAACACUGCCCUUCCGUAUAGGCUGGAUGAAACUGUUUUUAAGUCAGCAAUUUUAGACUGACCUCCAUUUAAAUUAUGUUUGUAUAUGAACUGUACACUUUGACCUGUGAUCAUGUUUCAGGAAGGAAUAAAAGAGAGUUCUUUUCUUAAUAAAGAAAAAACACUCAAGGACUUUGUUCACUUUCCAAAGCUACUUGUUUACAUUGUACACUGCGACCACCUUGCCGCUUUCACCACAAGCUUGAAUAUUUAAAUUCUGUACUUAUAUCUGUAAAAUAGCCAGGAAUUUUCUGUUUGUGAUCUAUUAUUAUGCAUUUUUACAAACAAAAAGACUGUAAAUUAUUGUAAAUAGAAUAAAUGAGCUUUCCUUACUCCCCUACCCUUCUCAGGCUUUUUUUGACUGUUCCUUUCCCUACCAACUCAGGCCUUCUUAUCACUUAAAGAAAAAAAAUCAGUGUAAUAACACUUUUUAAUGAUAUGUCUUGAUGGAAUCAUUGUUUAGAAUGUAAAAAAAAAAGUGAGGAAAAGGGCCACAUAACUCCAUUGGUCCUCUUUUUAUAUUGAAUAUUUUAUUAGAUACAUGCCACAACCCCCCCUUUUUUUAGUCAUACUGUGUAGUAAUAAAAUGGUGAGAUAUUAUAUGUAAUAUUUAAACUGCAUGCUCUGGAAACAUCUUUUUUCAGAUGCAUUUAGUUUAAAGGGUAGAUGUACGAAUACUCAGAAUCCAAAACAGCCAAAAGUUAUUGUAAAUCCACUUGUUUUCCUUUUCCUGUGGCAAUACUAAUGUCAAAUGUCCUAUGCAGCCAGGUAACCUUUUAGAUAAACUUGAUUGACUUUUAAUAUAAACUGUUACAAUGCAUACUGAUUGUAUAUAAAAAAACCUUAUAUAUGAACAAAUUAAAUUUAAGAAAACAUAUGGGCUCCUGUAAUUUUCUGCUGCAUUCUUAUUCCCUUCAGCACUUAACCUUUUUUUAAAAAAAAAUAGCAUUUAGCUGCCAGAAAAAAAAUUUUGAUAAGCAAUUAAGUAUUUUUAAUGUGUUAGCACUACAGUUUUAAAGACUAUGAACCUUUCUAAUGAAGUAACACCUUUUUUCAUAUGUCAUUGUUGGACUUUGGCUUCCUACAAAUACUGUUUUGAAUGUCUUAUAUUCACAGAUUUUUAUUUUGUUAUAUUAAGGUGGGAUUUUUGAAUAAUGUGGAAUAAAUUUUUGGAUGUAUGUUGUGAUGUAACAAAUUUUAACUUUGACAAAUUAUGGGUAUAAGAAUAUAUUCCUAUAAUGUGUCCCUGUUAAUUAGCUAUGGGAGCAAUUUACAGAAACUUGUCCAUUGGUGCAAUGUAUUUUUAAAUAUAUUGUGUGCAAAACAAAAUUCUAAUUCUUUUUAAGGCAGCAAUUUCUCUUAGAUACAGUUGCCCUGAAAAAAAAUGACAAACUGUUUCUUUCCUGAUAAAUGAAAUAACAUGUGAAGGAAUAACUCGCUUCUAAAUACCUAAUUUAUAAUUAAACCUAAAGGUGAUGAGACAA